AACUUUCCCUCAGCAGCUAUGGAAACUGCCCUGGUGGACUGAGAUGCACUUCACAGGCUCCUCCUUUUCUCCUUGCUUUGACUUUCCCGCCUCUUGCAAGCUGUCACCCUCUGUUGGCAUUUGCAUAUUGGUGUAGCACUUGCAAGGGAAGAAAACCUCACUUCUCUCAGGAGGGAACCAGAGUGUUAUGGGAACUGAGCACUCGAAGAACGAGGGGCGAAGGAGCAUGGUUUUUCUUAGGAAAGGUCCAAAGUUGCCUGCAUGGGAAGACGCCCUUCUCUCAGGGAGAGAGCCCAAGUCACUGCUGAAACGGGGAUUGCGUUAUGUCAGCUUGAGCCUCAUAAUGAAAGGGAUGACCAGCACGCCUGACUUCUUGUGGGGACUGUCCGAGGUGCAGAAGCUGAACCUUUCACGCAACCAGUUGGUGGUGAUUCCUCCUUCGCUGGGGAAACUGGACAGGCUGGUAGUGCUGAACUUGGGAGGUAAUUGUCUCAAGAGUCUGCCUAAAGAGAUUGGGCUGCUGAGGAACCUGAAGGUCUUGUUUGUCAAUAUGAAUUGCCUGACAGAAGUGCCAGCAGAGCUCAGCUUAUGCAGGAAGAUGGAGGUUCUGAGCCUCUCUCACAACCGCAUCUCACAACUGCCUUUGAGCUUCACUGACCUGACAAGUUUGAGGAAACUGAACCUCAGUAACAACCGCUUUGUGCAAAUUCCCCUCUGCAUUUUUGCACUGAGGAGCUUAGAUUUCUUGCACCUAGGGUCCAAUAAGCUGGAAAACAUCGCAGAGAGUAUCCAGUAUCUGGUCAAUCUGCAAAUCUUUAUCGUGGAGAAUAACAACAUACGCAGCCUGCCACGGUCUCUCUGCUACAUCACCACUCUGGAGUUGCUAAACGUUGACUACAAUGCCAUACAGACUCUCCCUGAUGACCUCUACCUUUUGCGCCGGCUGCGCCGCAUUGCCUGGAACCCAAUGGACAAAGGCCUCCACAUCGCCCACAACCCCUUGUCUCGGCCCCUGCCCGAGGUUGUGGAGGGGGGCCUGGAUGUCCUCUUCAGCUACCUCAGGGAGAAAAAGGAGCACAACUGAGCUUCCGCUGAUCUUGGGAUUAAGCCUGUCACCAAGACUCUCAUCAGAGAACUUCCCUGCACAGGCAUUUCCACUUCAUAACGCUUGGAUUUCGAAGGCUGUGGAUGGCUUUAGUAACAGUUGGAGGAAAGCAAGUAAAGUAUGAUGGUCUUGAUUAAGUGUGUGAAGAGCAAACUUUCUAAAGAUAGCCACCUCUUUAGGCUUCAGUGUUGGUGUGCUUGGGUUUUUUUU